UUUCAAAACAUUGCUUGAAACUUGAACUUAGAACAAAGGGUUUAAGACAACAUAGAGACACAUACAGAGAGAGAUAGAGAUAGAGAGAAUUAAAGAGAGUUAAAAAGAGAGAAACCCAAUGCAAAAACAAACUCGAGAAGAAGAAAAAAAACUAGUUGGGAUUUGAGGAGAGGAGAUAAGGAGGAGGAAGAGGAGGCGGAGAUGUCGAUUCCGAGGUCGAGGCGGUCGAGGUGGUACUCGAGGCACCACCAUUACAACUCUCACUUCUACUCAUCUCCAACAACAACAACUAGAACUCCUCCUGCUCUUCAACUCCUACUGGUAGUAGCAUUAAUUUCACUUCAUCAUGGAAUCCAACCAGUUGAGUCUUCUACUUCUAUAUCUACCAGUACUAAUCAUGAAUCACUUCUGCUUCUUUCAUGGAUACAAACUUCAUCAUCAUCAUCUGUUACUUCAUCACUAAACUGGAAUCCUCAAGAUGCAAACCCAUGUAACUGGACAUACAUAACAUGUUCACCACCACCACAAAACACUGUCACUGGUAUAAACAUUCAAUCACUCCCUUUAAAUCUUCCAUUUCCUUCUGUCUUCUCUUCGCUUGGUUCUCUUGAAUCGUUAAUCAUUUCAGACUCAAAUCUCACUGGAACUAUCCCUUCUGAUAUUGGUAACUUUGUUUCACUUAAAACACUUGAUCUUAGCUCAAAUGGGUUAGUUGGUAUUAUACCAUCUUCCAUUGGUAAGCUCAAGAAGUUACAAGAUUUGGUUUUGAACUCCAAUCAACUCACUGGGAGAAUCCCAGCGGAGGUUUGUGAGUGUGAAAGUCUUGAGAAUCUUGUUGUGUUUGAUAAUCGUCUCAGUGGGAAUCUUCCCAGUGAGAUCGGGAAGCUCGAAAAUCUUCAGGUUGUUCGUGCCGGUGGGAAUAAAGAUAUUGACGGCAAUAUACCAGACAGUGUGGGUGAUUGUAAGGAUUUAACAGUUCUAGGUCUUGCGGAUACGAAAAUUUCAGGUUCUUUGCCAGCUUCAUUGGGUAGACUCAAGAAUCUCCAGACAUUGUCAGUCUACACGACUAUGAUUUCAGGGGAGAUUCCGCCGGAGAUCGGUAACUGCACUGAGCUUGUCAAUCUUUAUCUGUAUGAGAACAGUCUGUCAGGUGCACUUCCGCGAGAACUCGGUAAGCUUGGCAAGUCAGAGAAGAUUUUACUUUGGCAGAAUAAUUUUGUUGGUUCUAUUCCUGAAGAGAUUGGUAGUUGUAGUAAACUCAAAAUGAUUGAUUUUUCACUUAAUUUUCUUUCUGGGAGUAUACCUUCAUCUAUUGGUAAAUUGUUAGAACUCGAAGAACUAAUGCUUAGUGAUAACAAUAUAUCGGGAUCGAUACCUUCGGUUCUUUCGAAUGCUGUUAAUCUAAUGCAGUUGCAGCUUGACACUAAUCAGAUUUCGGGUUUGAUACCACCUGAACUUGGGUUGUUGUCAAAGCUUAAUGUUUUCUUUGCAUGGCAGAAUCAUUUAGAAGGAAGUAUUCCUUCUACAUUGGCUACUUGUAGUGACCUUCAAGCUUUAGAUUUGUCACACAAUUUUCUCACUGGAAGUGUUCCGGCUGGCCUAUUUCAAUUGCGCAAUCUGACGAAGCUUCUCUUAAUUUCAAAUGAUAUUUCUGGUGCAAUACCACAUGAAGUUGGUGAUUGCAGUUCCUUAGUUCGGCUUCGGCUUGGAGAUAACAGAAUUGGAGGAGAGAUUCCGAAGGAAAUUGGGAGACUAGUGAACCUUAACUUCCUCGACUUGUCUGCGAAUCAUUUGGUGGGUUCUGUUCCUGACGAGAUUGGAAAUUGCACAGGAUUGCAAAUGGUGGAUCUUAGUAACAACUCGCUCAGUGGGACGCUGCCUUCUUCUUUAUCAUCUAUAGCCGGAUUACAUGUAUUAGAUGUUUCUCUCAAUCGUUUUGUGGGUAACAUUCCGUCGAGUUUUGGGAAGCUUGGUUCAUUGAAUAAGCUCAUCCUUGGCAAGAAUUCGUUUUCCGGACCAAUACCUGAAUCGCUCGGACAGUGUUCAAACUUGCAACUGCUUGAUUUGAGCAGCAACAGUUUGUCUGGUGGAAUACCUGCUGAAUUAGGCCAGAUUGAGGCCCUCAGCAUUGCACUUAAUUUGAGCGGAAAUGCGCUUUCAGGAACCAUCCCAAAUGAAAUAUCCGAUCUUAAUAAGCUCGCAGUGCUUGACAUAUCACACAAUAACCUUGCAGGAGAUUUAAAACCGCUCGCGCCACUGGAAAAUCUUGUCUCGUUGAAUAUUUCCUUCAAUAAUUUCACUGGCUAUCUCCCAGAUAGCAAGCUAUUCCAUCAAUUGUCUGAAACAGAACUAGGUGGAAAUCAAGGUCUUUGUUCUUGGGGGCACAGGUCAUGUUUCAUAAGCAAUGCUGCUGGGAUGGAUUCAGCGAGAAAAAGUGCUAUCCGGUCUAGAAGAUUGAAGCUAGCAAUUGCCUUACUGAUCACAUUAACAGUGGCAAUGUUAAUUUUAGGAACCAUGGCAGUGAUUCGAGCACGGAAAGUUGUUAGGCAUGACGAUGAAUCUGAACUGGGUGCAGGAGAUCCAUGGCCGUGGCAAUUCACUCCAUUCCAAAAGCUUAACUUCUCAGUAGACCAAGUACUGAGAUGCCUAAUCGAAACUAAUGUGAUUGGAAAAGGGUGUUCUGGAAUGGUUUAUAAAGCAGAAAUGGAUAACGGUGAAGUGAUUGCAGUGAAGAAAUUAUGGCCAACAACAGUGCAUACACCUAAUAACAACAACAACGACGCCUGCGGUGGUGUUGGAGGAGGUGUUCGAGAUUCUUUCUCAGCUGAGGUAAAGACUCUUGGUUCUAUAAGGCAUAAGAACAUUGUCAGAUUCUUGGGUUGCUGUUGGAAUCGAAGUACAAGGCUACUCAUGUACGAUUACAUGCCGAAUGGGAGCUUGGGUAGUUUACUUCAUGAGAGGAGUGGAAGCUGCUUGGAGUGGGACUCCAGGUACCAGAUUGUUCUUGGUGCAGCGCAAGGCCUGGCUUACCUGCACCAUGAUUGUGUCCCUCCCAUUGUUCAUAGAGACAUCAAGGCCAAUAACAUCCUUAUUGGUCUUGAGUUUGAACCAUAUAUUGCAGAUUUUGGACUUGCCAAACUUGUCGAUGAUGGUGAUUAUGCUCGUUCUUCAAAUACUGUUGCUGGAUCCUAUGGAUACAUUGCUCCAGAAUAUGGGUACAGCAGGAAAAUAACCGAGAAGAGUGAUGUAUACAGUUAUGGUGUUGUUGUAAUGGAAGUGUUAACUGGAAAACAACCGAUUGACCCGACGAUACCUGACGGUCUUCACCUGGUGGAUUGGGUGAGACAAAAGAGAGGGGGAAUUGAGGUCCUUGAUCAGAGAUUACGUGCAAGACCAGAAUCCGAGGUAGAAGAGAUGAUGCAAGCGUUGGGUGUAGCAUUACUAUGCGUUAGCCCUAUACCAGAAGAGAGACCUGCAAUGAAAGAUGUAGCCGCCAUGCUCAAGGAAAUAAGACACGAGAGAGAAGAGUAUGCUAAAGUUGAUGCACUUCUACUAAAGGGAUCACCCGCAACAACAACAACGACGACGACUACUAAUAAUGAACACAGGCGACACGAGAAAGGAGCCCCAACGUCGUCAGCAUCAGCAUCAUUGCCAGGUUCACAAGGGCAAAGUAAUAAUACAAGUUUUUCUGCAUCAUUGUUACUGUAUUCGUCUUCCAGCAUUGCUAAAAACGGUUUCAAAUAAUUGAAAAAUGACAGUCAAAAGUUAUAAUCAAGGUAUAUUACUACAUCUUAGGGUAUUAUCACUUCCGCAGUAGCUACUCUUACUUCAAUAAAAAUUAGUACUAUACUAGGCUUAUCCUUAGCCAGAGUCCUUUCUGAUUCUACUCCUUAUUCUUACAAAU